UUUUGCUUGCUCAGCGUCAAGUCUCCGGACCAAAUUCGAAGUGCCCCUACGAGCCUGAAGGCCAUGACGGAUUCCGAGUACUCCUUCUCUUUGACCACCUUUGCUCCAUCGGGAAAGCUUUUGCAGAUCGAGUAUGCCCUCAACCGUGUUGCGGAAGGUCGUCCUGCACUGGGCAUUAAAGCAAAGAAUGGAGUUGUGCUAGCCACUGAGAAGAAAGUCACCAGUCCGCUAGUGGAUGAGAAGACAUUGUCCAAGGUGGAGAACUUGUCCGACAGCGUUGGGAUGGUCUAUGCGGGAAUGCCAGCAGAUUAUCGUGUGCUGCUCCGCAGAGGGCGCAAGGUGGCCCAACAAUACUACACUACUUACCGAGAGCUCAUCCCAGUUUCACAGAUUGUGCGUGAAGAGGCUGCUAUCAUGCAGGAGUUUACGCAGUCAGGUGGUGUGCGCCCCUUUGGGGUUUCAUUGAUGAUUGCUGGCUUUGACGACAGUGGCCCCCAGCUCUUCCAGGUGGACCCAUCAGGCACCUACUUCGGCUGGAAAGCUUCGGCCAUUGGGAAGAACCACGUCAACGCAAAGUCCUUCCUCGAGAAGCGAUACAGUGAGGACAUUGAGCUUGAAGACGCCAUCCAUACAGCCAUUCUGACAUUGAAAGAAGGCUUUGAGGAAGCGAUCACCGCUGACAACAUCGAGAUUGGCAUCGUUGGUACGGACAGGAAGUUUCGUGUCUUGACACCUGCAGAAGUGCAAGAUUACCUUGGAGAAGUGGAGUAGACAAGGAUUCAUGGUGUCUAGUUUCAAACAGGAUUUAGGCACUUUGGCAACGUAUGUGGUGUGUAUGAAGCUUCCAGCUCAUCAUGUGAGGCAGUGAUUGAAAGCCACAGCUUUGGGCUGAA